AGUUGGCGCUCGACCGUUGGUAGCAGUGGUUGCCUGUCGAACUACUCGAAAGGUGUGCGGCGCCAACGGGUUACGAUUUCCUUUUUUUAAUUUUUUUUUUUUUACGGAAGACAGGCGCUAUGCUCGUGCGUCAUUCAUCGCGCCGUGUGUGUGUUACGGUACGCCACGUGUAUUUCGGCACCGGCGCGGUAGUUAGACUGUGACGGCAAGGAAAACGGGAAACGUAAACGUUGAAACAAGCCAACGUAGCAAAUUUUUUCCCCGCAGUUUCAUUAUAUCAAAGCCGAUUUUUAUAGUACUAAUUUUUUUUUUCAGUUUGAUUUGUUUUACGAAAGGACGGCUACGAUUUCUAGGGGAAAUUUUUUAUGCUUUUAGUAUUUGUCUUAAAAAAUUAUAUCUUUCUGCGGCGAAGAGUUUUUAUUUGGUGUGCUAGUUUUUCUUUUGACAAUUGCCCUGUUUGCGAGUGCCGAGGGAUAACAUAACUGUGAUGUGUGUGACGUCGUGCUUGUUCAUCAAGGAUAACUUUGUGCCACAAGUCUUUGUCGCCUUCUGACCCGGGUCGUCCAGGCAAAGUCCAGCUCGGCAGAAAGUCGCCCAGGAAUACCAGGAAGAGGCCCGCCAUGGGCUCCAUGUUCCGCAGCGAGGAGAUGGCGCUGUGCCAGCUCUUCAUCCAGCCCGAGGCGGCCUACAACUCGGUGUCGGAGCUGGGCGAGUGCGGGUGCGCGCAGUUCAGGGACCUGAACACGGACGUGAACGCGUUCCAGCGCAAGUUCGUGAACCAGGUGCGUCGCUGCGACGAGCUGGAGCGCAAGCUGCGCUACAUCGAGGCGGAGCUGCGGCGGGACAACGUGGCGGUGCCCGAGAGUCUGGCCGAGGCGCCCAAGGCGCCCAACGCGCGCGAGACCAUCGAGCUGGAGAACAUCCUGGAGAAGACGGAGAACGAGGUGCUGGAGCUGUCGCAGAACGCUGUGAACCUCAAGUCCAACUACCUGGAGCUGUGCGAGCUGAAGCACGUGCUGGAGAAGGCGGCCGCCUUCUUCACAGAGCAGGAGGGCGUGAACGGCACCGACUCGCUCACGCAGGCGCUCAUCAACGAGGACGUGGGCUCGCAGUCCGUCACCAUCCGCGGCCGCCUGGGGUUCGUGGCGGGCGUGGUGACGCGGGAGCGCGUGCCGGCCUUCGAGCGCAUGCUGUGGCGCAUCUCGCGCGGCAACGUGUUCCUGCGCCAGACAGACCUGCAGGAGCCGCUGCGAGACCCCAGCACGGGCAACGACAUCCACAAGACCGUGUUCGUGGCCUUCUUCCAAGGCGAGCAGCUCAAGUCGCGCGUGAAGAAGGUGUGCGUGGGCUUCCACGCGUCGCUGUACCACUGCCCCAGCGUGUACAGCGAGCGGCAGGAGAUCCUGGCGGGCGUGCAGACGCGCAUCGAGGACCUCAACCUGGUUCUGAACCAGACCCACGACCACAAGCACCGCGUGCUGCAGAACGUGGCCUCGCAGCUCCACACGUGGAUGGUGAUGGUGCGCAAGAUGAAGGCCGUCUACCACACGCUCAACAUGUUCAACAUGGACGUCACCAAGAAGUGCCUCAUCGGCGAGUGCUGGGUGCCCACCCGGGACCUGGCCAGCGUCCAGAAGGCCCUCGCCGAAGGAGGGCGAACCAGCGGCAGUUCCAUUCCCUCCUUCCUGAACGUGAUCGAGACGCCGGAGAACCCGCCCACGUUCAACCGCACCAACAAGUUCACCCGAGGCUUCCAGAUCCUCAUCGACUCGUACGGGGUCGCGAGCUAUCGGGAGGUAAACCCUGGUCUCUAUACUGUCAUUACCUUUCCCUUUUUGUUUGCUGUGAUGUUUGGUGAUGUUGGACAUGGCAUCAUUAUGACUGCAUUCGGAGCAUUCAUGGUGCUUCAAGAGAAAAAGUUUGCUAAGAAGAAAUUAAGCGAAAUUUGGACCAUAAUAUUCGGAGGACGUUACAUCAUCUUGCUGAUGGGCCUGUUCUCCAUGUACACUGGUAUGAUAUACAACGACAUGUUUUCGAAGUCCUUAAACCUGUUUGGCUCAAGUUGGAAGGCAUCUUACAACUACAGCACAGUGAUGGAAAAUGGGGAAUUGACGUUAAAUCCUAGUGAUACCAAGAUUUACACUUCUGCACCCUAUCCAUUUGGACUGGAUCCCGUGUGGCAGGUGGCUACAAACAAGAUAAUUUUCUUGAAUUCUUACAAAAUGAAGCUCUCUAUUAUAUUUGGAGUGAUCCACAUGGUGUUUGGAAUAAGCCUGAGUGUCAUUAAUCACCUGCAUUUUCAAAGGACAAUGAAAAUAUUUAUGGAGUUUUUACCGCAGAUCCUGUUUUUGUUGCUGCUGUUUGCCUACAUGGUUGUGAUGAUGUUUAUUAAAUGGGUACUCUACGAUCCUACUGGUUCCACGAAGUACAGUCCCGGCUGCGCACCCUCGGUCCUCAUCCUGUUCAUCAACAUGAUGCUGUUCAAGUCGACGCCGCCACAGGAGGGCUGCGACGAGUUCAUGUUCGAGGGCCAGGGCCAACUACAGAUGGCGCUCGUGUUGGUCGCUCUGCUCUGCAUCCCCGUCAUGCUGUUCGGCGCGCCGUUGCUCCACCUCGUCUCCUCGCGCCGCUCGGCCGUGUAUGCGUCGGGCAACGGAGACGUGAGCCCCGACGUGGAGCUCCAGCAGCUGCCCACGGAGCCGGCGGGGCCGGCGGCGGGCGCGCCAGACGACCACGGGGCGGAGCUCUCCGAGCUGCUGAUCUACCAGGGCAUCCACACCGUGGAGUACGUGCUCAGCACCGUCUCCCACACCGCGUCCUACCUGCGGCUGUGGGCCCUCUCCCUGGCGCACGCCCAGCUGUCGGAGGUGCUGUGGAGCAUGGUGCUGCACAUGGGCCUGAGCUGGGACUCGUACGUGGGCGGCGUGGUCCUGUUCGUUGCGUUCGGGGCGUGGGCCAUGUUCACGAUCGCCAUCCUGGUCCUGAUGGAGGGCCUCUCCGCCUUCCUCCACACUCUCAGGCUGCACUGGGUGGAGUUCAUGAGCAAAUUCUACGUUGGCCUUGGCUAUCCAUUCCAACCGUUUUCUUUUAAGAGCAUCCUGGAAACAACAGAGGAACCAACAGAAGAGGAAUAGCAUCUUGUUGAAGGAGCGAGUUGUUCUUUUACUCUGUUAGUUCCUAGCUUUAAGGAUUCCAAGAUGAAAAAAAAAGACGUGCCCAUGAUUUCAGUUUCGAUCCAGAACUUCUACAAGUACAGCAUUCCCCUAGUUUUGUUUGUUUUUAAUCACACCUCUUGUAUACUGGGUGAAGUUGUGCAACGAAAAAUAAUUUUUGUGCAAAGUAGAGCCUGGUUAGUGCUUGCGUGAUGAUGGCAGACAGUGGUUUCUUUUUUCCACUCGUACCGCAGUGUUUUUGAUUAUUGGUGACAGUUUGCUCCUACUGAGUUUAUUCUUUAAUUCAAAUUGGAACCACUACAAAAUUUCAUUUGCAUUGCUAUUGUGGAUUCACUUUUUUUUUUCGUUUGGCAUAGUGUAAGUAUAGGUCGUAGGCUUCAUAAAUAAAAAAAAUGAAUAUUGUAAAUGUUUAUUUUUGAUUUUUAUAUAAUUUUGGUCAGGAAUGAAGUGCCUUGCCCAUUUAAAGACAUGCAUAGUUAGUUUUAAACACAGUAGAUAUAACAUUCAUGUAAGUUUUUAUUUGUACAUGCAUACAAGUUUAGUCAAGAUGUGUUUCAUAAUUUGAGUAAGUAAUACAUUUUUUUUUCAUUUGGCUCCAAAAUAAUUUUUAAUUUUUCUCAAUUUUUGAUGGCUACAGAGACUUAGGUGAAGAUGAUCUCAGUAGGAGUGGUGCUUUAAUUUGUAUUGAUGUAGUAGUGCUUCUUAGUAAAUUUCACUGUAUUAAUAAUUAGAAAGUGCUUGAGUUUUGAUUCUUGAUAAAAUUAUGUAGAAUAAUUAAAGUCAAGAAAAUCUUUUAGAGUUUUGCUAAGUUGAUCACACGCUUGGAUCAUAUUAAAUAUAGUAAUUGUUACACCAUGAUUUGUUUGAUUUAUGAAAGUUAAUUAUUGCUAACAUUUAAAGCUAGUCAGCUAGCACUUGUGUAAUUUUUUUUUUUAAAUUUAUGUACGUAUGUUAUGGAUGUAUGUUUUAUAAUGUGAUAACUAAAUAUUUUAAACUAGGUGUCAGAAAAAUUUAGUAGAUCACAGAAUACUAUUCACAAGCACAAAUAAUAAGUUCCAUGAUGAAAAAUAAGACAUUUAUGGACACUUACCUACUUGAAUUUUGUUGUUGAAUGGACUUAGAGAAAUUAUUUUUUGGCAAAAUUAUAUUUUGAUAUUGUGCAGUGAAAAUACAUUUUAUGUUAGUCACACAUUCAUUACAUUUGCCAUAGUAUAUAUAUUUGCUUCAAAUGUUAUUUUUUAUUUUCUUAUAUGUUAUCAAAGUAAACUAAUUUUUUCACUUGAUAGCUUGGUUUCAUAAACGUACUGUCAAUGAAUAAUAGGAAAUAUAGAAUUUUUUAUCUCAAUAUUGUACAACAAUGUUUUAUAAAAAACCUUUUUGAAUAUGUGCUGUAGUUCUUUUCCACUAUGUCUGCUCUCCAAGUCUGAGUACUGCCAUUAAAUAAAAAUUAUGUAGCAUACAUAAAAUAAAAUCACAUUUCGAAUAAUUUUCUAAAGUUCUCUGUUCAUCGCAAACAUUUUUGACUUAUUUAAUUAUAUGCUAAUUUUUUAGAUAUACUUCGGCUGAAAUAAUUUUGCUAAAAUAUUUAUUCAAGCAAUAGUAUAAUGCAUUUGGUGCAUACUAAUUAUUCAAGAACUAAAGAUUUGCUCGUAAUUAAAAAGCUUUUCAGGGUACUGUGAAAAGGAUGGAUGGAAAAAGGUAGAGGGGGGGAAAAGCCCCCUCAUUCGAAAGUGUUUAUGGACUAGAUUGUAUCAAAGCACUGUGGAAGCCUCCCUACAAUUAGGGGCCACGAAAAGUGAAAAUUGCACUAAAAUAAUUUUUGCAGCCGGUAUUGAUUGUGGAUUGUGCUUAGUUGUAGUGCGUGUCUUCUAUGGCAUAGCAAGCAUCUGCAUGCAGUGUACUGGGGGCCCCUUUGCUUGGUAUAUAAAUUAAAAAAAAGUUCUAACUUUAUGAGGUACACAUUGUCACAAUAAUAUUUUGACUUAAAAUGCUGAAUUAUUCUAUUUGGUAAUUUUGUUGGAUUGUGUUUUUUACUGCAUUUUAGGAUCUCAUUCAGCAAGUGAGUAUGGAAUAUAGUUUUCAUCAAUUAAAAAUUAUAUCUUGGUACAAUUAAAAAAGAAAAAAAAAUCUUAGUUGGAAUUUUUUUAAACUGUCGGAAGUCAAUAGCUAUAAAGACAUUUAAUGCUGUUUGACACAGCAUUAAAUUACUAUUUCCUUAUAAUUAUCUUUCAACAUUUAAACUGUUACCUAACAUUUUGUAAUUUUAUGCAUUCACUUUGCUAGUUGCUUCAGUUUAUUUAAGCAUUUUUAGCUGUGACCAAAACUCUUUAUGACUCUAAGACGCAAUAGUGGGAUUUAUCGUAGGUUGGAAUCACAUCUAUUGGUGAUUUUGAAAAUUUUGCAUGUAUAUAAAGUACAAACAUUUAUGUGGUAUGUGAAAUUGUUUGGAAUGAUUGCAGUUAGUAGCUUUAAUUAGGUACUAAAUGUGGUGGAUUUAGACAAAACUUUUGCAUGUGCCAAUACUUGCCUUUGAAGUUCUUUUCUGAAAUUCUCCUGUUACGUGUGCAAUGCUUGUCCCAUUUCUUGCAAGAUAGUCAUGUUAAAACUAUAAACUUCAGAGAAAAUAUAAAUUUCCAUCUUCUAACAAGAAGAACCACACUUCCAAAUCUUUUGAAUGUUUACAUCAAACUGUACUUUAUUCUUCCCCAUCAACAGCAGAGCCAGAAGCUCAUGAAAGUACGGUGAAAAAGGGGCGGAGGAGGUAGGGUAAGGAUAGUUGUAUUCAGAAAUGAUAUGUUUUUCCAAGUUUUUACUGUCAAAACCUAAUUUUAUUCAGAAUAGAAAUUGUUGGGAAGGGGAGACUGCCAUAAGAGUCCUUUAUUUCCCCUCCCCACCCUUUUAUUCGAUGGGAUGUUAGUCUCAGUCUAUUUUUAUGGCAGCAGACAGCAGAUGCUUUAAGAAGUGUGAUACAUAUCUGUGUUUGUUGGUGUACGUAGAUACUUAGCCGAGAUCCUUAUUAGGUACAUACUUUCAGUUCGGUGGGAACUAUGAGUGCAAUUUUAUAAAUAUAUGUUAAUGUUCUUCAUACAUUUUGCAGUUUUCUUUUAAGCUUUUCUUAAAGCUCAUGGAAAUGUGUUCCUAUUUCUUCAUACAACUAACACUUUCUGUAGGUUAGUAACUAACCAGUUAUGUGUAAAUGUGUUCUUGAAAUUUCUGCAAGAUGGAUGAGCACAACAUGCUAAGUGCUUGUUAAUAUAUUUGGGUUUUUUUUUACACCGUGCAAUUUUAAUACCUGUAGUUCAUGAAAGGUGAGGGAAUUUGUUUUCUUUGGCCGUUAUGAGACAAAUUGGGAAUUAAUUUUGUAUUUUCCAAAUUUUUAAUUGCAAUUCAAAAAAUUAAAUACUUGAUGAAAAAUAAAUUUGUGGCUGCACAAGUUGUAAUUUUUGUAUAUUUCUGUGGAUAACCCUGUUGGAAAUGGUUUUGACAUUAAUCCAUUAAAGCAUUGUUUCUUCCCCUGCUAUUUAUGCAAAAAUAUUUGUUUAAGUGGCAUUAGCUUCACCAAACACUUGAAAUAACUAUUAUGUUGUAUGUGUUUGUUGUGUGCUCACUAUAUAUAGUAAAGUAAGGAAUUUUUGUUUAGUAUUCACUGUGAAAGUUGAGAUGCAUGUGUGUAUGCUUUUUUCAGUGAUUUGAUUGUUCUGAAGACAUUUACAGUAAGACCUCUAAAUGUAUUAGCAAAGAUACAGUGUAAACUCUUUAUAACGUAACUCGAUUUAACGAUAAACUCGUUGAAAUUGCUUGACUUUGGUUAGUUUACCUUGUUUGCUAUACAAUAAUAAUACACUCUCUAUAGCGUCAAGCUCACUCUAUUUAACGACAACAAUAUGGCAUUAUAAAUCAUUAAGCAGUACAUUCUAAGUUGCCGAAGUUGAUAAGAACUGCAGCUGUGUACGUUCUUUGGUUUGCAGUUUUGUUGUUGUAUUAUCUAGCACGUGUUUACUUUGACUGACGUACCGGAGAUUCUAAGAAAUUUUGUCUUUGGUUUUUCGUAUCAUGAACUUGCACAUGUUUACCUCGGUCACUAGACUUUUGUCAAGUUGUUACACAUUAUCAUUUUUUCGCAGUUGCUUACAGACUUUCAAACUGUAAACAUGGCGAGUAAACUAAAAUCUUUGUGUAUUGACAAAAAAGUUUUAUUAAGCCUUGAUGCAGCUAAACUAUUAGAAAAAUACUUUUUAUAUAAUCAAGGUGAUCCGGCAGUAUCUCAAGAUGUCGGUAAAAUACAUUAGAAAAUACAAUUAAAAUUUUGGUGCAGAAAAAACUUUAGAUGAAGAUAACAGACUAUAUGCAAUAAGUGUUGUUAUUUGUAUGAAUAUUAAUGAUUGUGUGUAAAAUAAGUACUAUAUUAGUAAAUACAUAUUAUUAUAGAAUAGUAAAAUGAUAUCUUUUAUUUCUCUCCAUUUAACGACAACUCUCCAUAACGCUGAAAAAUGCUCAGUCCGUUAAGUGUCGUUAUAUAAAGUUUACACUGUAUAUCCAUGUCAGAUUAUUAAUUAAUCACUCUACAUAAUCCCAAGUGAUGUGCGGUAACCUACAUAUAUACUACUAAAAUUACUUAAAUUUAUAUUUUGUUCAUUAAUAAAACUGUUUUUUUUUUCUCUUCCAAUCAUAUGAUAAUAAAUACAAUUGCUCACAGAUGUAAGUUUGGAAGACUAGGAGAAAAAAAAAAUGUUGAUUUACGUCUACAGAAACUAUCUACUUGCUAUAAAUAGUCUUUAUUUAGUUUUAUGUGCCUCUUUAUACAAAUUUUAAUUGAAAACCAUCUGUUCUUAUGUAACUUAACUUUGCUGUGCAGAGAUUCUAUUGUAAAUGUACAGGCAUGUAGAUGAGAUGUAUGUAUGCAGUUGUAAAGAAUUUCUAUGUCAUUCAAUGGUGCUUUCUAAAGCAGCUCUUGCAUAAUGGCAGAGCUUAGAAAUUGGAGAGGUUUAACAGAUGAUAAGUAGAGCUAAGCACCAUUUUUUUUUGUUUAAUUUCUACAUUAACUUUAUGUUUUUUCCACAUAAUUUUGUUAGAGGAUAAAAAUUCACUAUUUUUAAAGGUUUUAGUCUUUAUUUUGAAUGAAAUCUUGCGGUUUUGUUUUUAUAUUUAAAGUUUAAUGGGAUUGAUAAUUCAUGACUAUAAGAAUUAAAAUAAAUGUUUUUCAUUGCCUUCACAUGAGUAAGCAUAAAAGGUUAUGUAUGACACAGGUGAAACAGCCCUCUCACUACCAUAAGAAACAAAAUAUAAAAUUAAACAAAAAAAUCAACAUUACUAGAACUGGGAAUUGGCUAAGCCAACAGCGUGAACAGAAUGCAGUAAAAAGGAAAUUAAAGUAAUAUGCAACUGUAAUAUCAUUAGCCAAUAUUAUAUACAGUUAAAGUGAGUAUCAGUAUGAAUUGAAAUAUUAUUUUGGAUAUAAGCCAUUGAUAGUUUGAACUGUAGGUCUUGGAGAAAACCCAAAAUAGAGACAAAGAGAGACAAAACAAGCUAAAAUCAGUCAAUGUCAAGUGUUAAAUGUAAUGACAGCACAGAGAAUUCUAUGGAAGGAAUAAGUCAGAAAAAUAUCACAGCACUGGUUAACACAGUGCACUGACAACAAUGAGACAGUUACAGCAAAAAACAGUAAAUACAAACAACUUUGGAGAACACAGCAACAGACAUACGUUGAUUUUAAACAGAUUAUGUGGACAAAACACAGACAACAUAGCAACUGAAACAGUUAUUCUGACAACUUGACUAUGAUGACAGCAUAGCUGAACACAGUAGAGGCUCCAAGACGUACUAUUUUUUUGUUGUAGCUGUUUUUUUCGUCAUUCCACUGUGUUUGUCAGUGCUGUGAUACUGUUAUAAUUUCUUCCAUGUAAUUCUCUGUGCGGUCUUCACAUUUAACAUUUUACAUUGGCUGAUUUUGUCUUGUUUUCUGUGUUUCUGUAUUCAACUUUCUGUGUCUGUUUUUUUUUUUAUCUGUCUUGAGAUACAGUUCAAACAAGCAAUGGGGUGUUCCAAAAUAAUGAUUAAAAUCAGUCUUCCCCAUGCAAUGAUCAUUCAAAGAAAUAUCCGUAUGAUUGUUAAUAAUUGAAAAUUAAGUUUUGUUGCCAAAAAAAAUAACGAUAAUCCUAUAGCAAAUUAUGUGUGUGUUUUACCAUCUUAUUCUUGUAACAUUUUUGCCCUUAGUGACACCUCUCUUCCCAAUCAGGAGGCUAUCUUUUUAGCGCACCAAUCAGAGUUUGCCUUCUUUCUAUUGGUGCACUGUAAAAAAAAACCUGGGAAUCAUAUUUUAACUUCUUUUUCCUUAUGUUAGUUUGUUUUUUUCUCGUUAGCGACUGGUUGUAUUUUCAUUCUGGUACCUAUCUAUUUUUUCUGUUAUAGGUAUAUGAAUUUAUUUGCCUGUCUGAAUUGUUUUUUUCCCAUUUGUUAUUUGUCCUGUUUAUUUUUUGGUUUAUUGACAGACUUAUUUUAAUCUAUUUGUUAUUGUAGGUAAUUUUUUUGUUUGAAUUUGUGUUUUUUCUUCUAUUUGUUCAUUUUAAAUUGGACUGCUAGUUUCACAGCUGAAACCAGGUAUUUAUUUUUGGUCACAUAAGUUUAUUUUUCAUUUGUUUUUUUAAUGCUGUGGGUACAAUUAAAAAAUAAAACAUUUUUUUUUUUUUGUUGACUUAAGCUGAGCGAUUAAUUUUUGUGGCUAAAAACUUUUCAAUAAUACUAUAUUUUGAACAAGGUAAAAUAAAAGUUUAAAUUAAAUAUGGCAGUUGAAAUUUUACAGUUUUUUUUAAGGACUUUGUGCAUGUAAACCUGUAAAGAAAUUUUUUUUUUCUUCCGACAUUAGUUGUCAAUUCUGACUAUUUUUGUGGCAUGAGGCGGCAAUGAUAGCUAGAAAUACAAAUUAAUGUUCAAUAUAGGAUGCUUUCUGUAUUUAAAACCAAAAUUAAGACUACCUACCUAAAGUCCAAAAUCAUUUGCAAAAUAAGAGCAAAUUUGUUGUGCAUCAUACAGAUCCCUCUGUUAUAAAACAUUUAUAUUGGCUGCUUUUUUUUUUAAAUACUCCAUUUUACAUUUGAUUUUAUUGUUUGGACAAUUUUAAUAGGGAUUUUCACUGUCUUCAAGUUUCUAGAAACAUAAAUCUCAUUUCACAAAGCUUGCUUUAUUAUUGGUGGAGGCAAGUGAUCCAACCAGCAAUACGUUACAUGACUCUGGAUGUGUGCAAAUAUAUAUUUUUUUUACUUUUACUUUCUGCAAGUACCUACUAGCCUUACUGCUCACAAAAUAAAAUUGUUCAAUAUCAACGUACUGGCCUGAUAGCAUUAUAUGUAUAUAAAUAUAAUCUUUAAAUGUCUGGCCUUGUGAGUCACUGUUCAUUACUUCUGUUACAAUUGGACACCUAAGUAAUGUACAACCAGAAAAAAUUUCUACUCCUAAAUUUGUGACAUUAAUUUAAAUAAAUUAUAUUAAUUUUCUAGGUUAUUUGUAUAGUUUUGUAAAAGUUUACAUUACACUUGAAUUUAAAAUUAAUUAAUUUUGAGGAAGUGUGUUUUGUUCAACUUCUGUUACCUGCAUGUCUGCGCUACCACCAGGAAAGUACUUUUGUUUUUCUGCAUUCGUAAACCAUAAAAGUGCAAUGUAAUUUUAAAAUAUGUUUCUGUGACAGUAGUUUGUGGUAGUAAUUGUUAUACUAUAUGUGCCUCUACUUGCUGUAUAUAAAAGACAACUGUGUUUUUAAAUUAUGUAAUUAUUCAGAGUUUAAAAUAAAAAACAUUUUUGCAGAA